AUCUUGUGUCAGGUGGCCUCCGGCCUCUGAAUUAUCUCAGGUGAGUUUUCCAAAUCCUUGAGAAAUUUUUCCUCACCCCCCACUUCCUCUGAAGCCUUCCAGCUGGACACAAACUCAUUCCUAAAAUAUGCAGAUGGAAGCUAUGGUAACCAUGGAGACAGGGCAGGUGGCAAGGAGAAGCAGAGGCAGUGAGAGAAACCAAUUGCGACCACAGGGGAGCGAGACUUGAGGAGCGAUUUGGACCGAGACUUCCACGCAAGAUGAAAAAAUAACCUAAGCAAGAGGUGCCGUGAGAGAGGAUGUGGCACAAGGCUCGCUCUUGUCUCCGCGCACCCUCGCCCGCAAGAAUAUGGGGAGGAGGCAUCCGGGAAUGCCCUGGCCUUUCCUAAAAAUGACCCAAGGUCCCCGCCCUCCUCAUACUUAUUUAAGAGGCCCGUACAGGGAGCUGCGGUCCAAGUUCAUCUGCGCUGUGUGCUCCGCUUGGGGGGUGGGGGGGAGGGGAUGCUCCCCGGCGUCUGACUCCGGCUCGCCCUGACAUUUAAACUGUGAGACGCCAGACACAUCUCUUGCCGCUCUCCGCACAGCAUGGACUCCGGCUGCGGAUCCCCACCGCCGCCCUCCACCCCUCCGCACAGGGCGCCCCGUGCCUGGCGCGCCGGCGCUGUGCCCGGGGCGCACCGGGAGGAGGGACCAGCAUCCGAUGCCCGGGCGCAGAUACUGACACCAAGGGAAUCCAGAUGCCCCCCCACGCCAUGUGGGCCCCCGGGAACCCGGCCCCACCACCCCGGCUGCCUGGUGGUCCCGGCCUCGGUUCUGGCCGGGCGGAGAUUCUGCAGACAUUCAGGUCCCCAAUGCAAGCUGCUUCCCUCCCCCCACUCAAUAUAUGGGGCGGUGGCAACCUCAACGAGGGAUUGGCUUCGCCACUGAGCCCUCAGGCCUCUUCCAGCCAUCACCCCCACACCCCUAGCCUUCCCGGGCAGGCCCCGGCCCCGGCUCCAUCCGUGCUCUCGCCCCAGCCGCAGCGAUGCUGCACACGGAGGGCCACGCUCUUCUCCGGGCCGUGGGGCAGGGGAAACUGCGCCUGGCCCGCUUGCUGCUGGAGGGCGGCGCUUACGUGAACGAGGGCGAUGCCCAGGGGGAGACCGCGCUGAUGGCAGCUUGUCGGGCCCGCUACGACGACCCCCAGAACAAGGCGCGCAUGAUCCGCUACCUCCUGGAGCACGGCGCGGACCCCAACAUCG